CCGCCCGGAGGGUCGGCCAGCCAGUAAGAGAGUCGGACACGCGCGCACCGGGCAUCUUCAGCUCAACCGCCCGGGAGCGGAGGUGGCUCCAGGAUGGAGGGGGACCGGCUGGAACCCGCCGUUACCAUUAAGAAUAUUGAACGAGAGCUCAUCUGCCCAGCAUGCAAGGAGUUAUUUACACAUCCGCUUAUUCUCCCUUGUCAACACAGUAUCUGCCACAAAUGCGUAAAAGAAAUUCUCUUUUUCACACUUGAAGAUUCGUUCAAUGAUGCUGCCUCUGAGACUUCCAAUCAAAGUAGCCCUCGUAUCAGGAUAAGUUCACCUAGUAUGGAUAGAAUUGACAGGGCUAGUAGAUCAGGUUGGAAACGCAAUUCAUUAACUCCUAAGACAACUACUUUCCCUUGUCCUGGAUGCCGGCAUGAUAUAGAACUGGGAGAUCGUGGCAUCAAUGGCCUCUUUCGCAACUUCACCUUGGAAACUAUAGUCGAACGAUACCGGCAGGCAGCAAGGGCAGCUACAGCCAUUAUGUGUGAUCUUUGUAAACCCCCACCGCAAGAAUCCACAAAGAGCUGCAUGGAUUGUAGCGCAAGUUAUUGCAACGAAUGCUUCAAAAUACAUCAUCCCUGGGGAACUUUAAAAGCCCAACAUGAAUAUGUGGGACCAACUACCAACUUCAGGCCAAAAAUUUUGAUGUGUCCAGAACAUGAAAUGGAGAGAGUAAAUAUGUACUGUGAAAUAUGCAGAAGGCCUGUUUGUCAUCUUUGCAAACUGGGUGGCACACAUGCAAACCACAGAGUGACUACCAUGAGCAGUGCCUACAAAACACUUAAGGAGAAGCUUUCAAAGGACAUAGACUACCUCAUUAGUAAAGAGAGCCAAGUAAAAAGCCAGAUUACAGAACUUGGUCUUUUAAUGAAAGAAACAGAGUGCAAUGGUGAAAGAGCUAAAGAAGAAGCAUCAAACAGUUUUGAUAAGUUGUUUGAUGUUUUAGAAGAAAGGAGAACAACUGCACUCAGGGCUAUUGAAGCAUCCAAAAUCCUAAGACUGGAGAAAUUGCAGUCUCAAAUAGAAGAGUAUCAGGGACUUCUGGAAAAUAAUGGCCUUGUGGGAUAUGCUCAGGAAGUUCUCAAAGAAACAGACCAGUCUUGCUUUGUUCAGACAGCAAAACAACUCCAUGACAGAAUUCAGAAAGCUACUGAAUCUCUGAAGAGCUUCAGACCUGCAGCACAAGCUUCUUUUGAAGAUUUUGUUGUUGAUGUAACAAAACAACAGGAGGCUCUUACAGACUUGUCUUUCCAGUCAAGUGGUGUUGAUAUACCAGAGAUCAACGAAGAACAGAGCAAAAUGUAUAAUAAAGCUUUGAUCUGUUGGGAUAAUCCACAGAGAGCAAGUUCAGCUGAUACCUACAUCCUUGAAUACCGUAAAGUUAAUAAAGAAGAAGCAAACCCAGCAUGGCAAGAGACUGAAGUUUUCAGCAAGAGCAGAGUUAUCUCUGACCUUGACACUAAUAGCAGCUAUGCUUUCAGAGUCAGAGGAUAUAAAGGAUCUAUCUGUAGCCCUUGGAGCAGGGAAGUUGUCUUGCACACGCCUCCAGCUCCAGUUUUCAGUUUUCUUUUUGAUGACAAAUGUGGCUAUAACAGUGAAUGUCUCUUGCUGAAUGCAAGGAGGAAUGCUGUAGAAAACAGGGCUGGGUUCCCUCUGCUACUGGGAGCUGAACGUCUCCAAGCAGGCUGCUAUACUACCUUAGACUACAUUGUCGGAGAUACUGGCAUUGUGAAAGGAAAGCAUUUCUGGGCCUUCCGUGUGGAGCCCUAUUCCUACCUUGUGAAAGUAGGAGUGGCAUCUGACUCUAAGAUCCAAGAAUGGUUCCAUAAUUCUCGUGAUCUUACUAGUCCAAGAUAUGAACAAGACAGUGGUCAUGACAGUGGGAGUGAAGACAUCUUUGUUGAGUCCUUGCAGCCUUUCACACUGGUAACUUUAGGCAUGAAGAAGUUCUUUAUUCCUAAGGCUUCCCCUGCUCCAGCUGCUCCCAAAGAUUCUGCGAAUAGAAUUCUUCCAAUGCCAUCAUGCAUAGGAAUCUGCCUUGAUUAUGACAAAGGCAGAGUUGGAUUCUAUGAUGCAGACCGGAUGAAAUGUCUUUAUGAGCGUCAGGUGGACUGCUCUGGCAAAAUGUAUCCAGCUUUUGCAUUGAUGGGGAGCGCAGGAGUUCAUCUGGAAGAAACCAUUGCAGCAAAAUAUUUGGAAUACCAAGAUGAAGACAUGUGAUGCCCAAGGUUCCAUCUUUAGCCUUAUGUCUUAAUUACAUCAUAGCUCCUAAGUGUUUUGCUGCACCACUGCUUUUGAGUCUUUCUGUUUUUGUUUCAGUUACAGAGAGAAGUUUCCAUCUUCACCCACUGCCUAGUCCGCAGGAAGGCCUUUUUGCGCUCACUCAUUGGCCUGCCUUUUGGUGUGCUGUGACAUUUGACAUAGAAAAGUUUUCAGAAAAAACAUGGGAUUAGCAGCCUCAUUGCCUUUUCAGAAGCUGGAAACCUGCCUUGUUUAGCUGGCUCUGCUGGCAUUCACAUUCCAUUUUUAAAUGGAAAUAAGACACACACAAUGGAGCAUUUCUUAAGGUUAUACGUGAUGUGUGCUUCUCACUUCAAAAGGAGCCUAUUUGUCUAUGGUGAGUGGUCUAGUGUCUCAGUUAAGAAUCUUUUGAGCAUCAGUACUGGAUAAUGUACUUUUCAUCCAUGCAAAGUACAUUGUGAAUCCAUGCUACAACAGUGUGCUGGUAACAUCUGGGAGAUGUAUAGUGAAUACAUAUUUAUGGUGACUUCUAAGAUUGACUUUUUAAAGAAGUGUAGCUGUAUCAGUGAGUAAUAACAAGGAACAUGCUUUAUUCUUCAGUACUUUAGGUUAUUUCCUCUAUACUGUAUAUUUAAAUAAGUGCAAUUUCUCUUGAGAUAUCAGCCUUUGAUGUUUAAAAUUCUUUGUGUAUGUAACAAUGUUUAGUCAUAUGAGAGGGAUAAAAACACAUGCACAAAUAAGAAUAUAUAGUUGGUUUUUUAAAAACAGAAAUGGAAGUGUCCACAGUGUGCUGUUGGUUCAUUUUAUACCAUAACUUUAUUUUAAAAACCCAUAAAAAUAAAGGAUUUUAGUGUGUUAGAUCAAAGUGCACUGAUAAUUGUGAAAUUUUGCCUUAAACUGUUAUCUUAAUUCAUUCUUUAAUUCAUUCAUUCUUGUCUAAAGCUCCAUGUAGUCUGCUUGGUUUGUUUGAAAUGUUCAAAACCAGACUUGAAGCGCUGCAUUGUGAUAAUUUUUCUUUAGAAACAAAUAUAUGUAGUUUGUUUUACUUAAAUACUCAAAGAUGUUGAACGUGUAGGCUUUCAGAUUCUAGUAGUCAAUCUGGAUUAUAAACCACAGUCCCAAACAGUAAUUUUAGCUUAUGUUAAUUUAUGAGAUGUUGACUUUGCCGUAAUUUAUUUAUUGUACAGUGAAAUGGUUCCCCACUUGAAAGAAUCUGACAUAGGCCGUUUCCACACAUCUUACUUACCGCCGGAACAUCGCGCAAAACACCCGGAAGACAGCGUCUUCUUGCAUGAAAUUGUGCCUGGAAGACACUGUCAUCUGAGAGUACUGCGUGAAAUCACGUCUUCCUGGCACAAUUUUGUGCAGGAAGACGCUGUCUUCUGGAUGUUUUGCGUGAUGUUCUGGUGGCAGAUAAGACGUGUGGAAACGGCCAUAGUUUAAUCUUCAAGUGGCUUUGGACAUUUUUUGCUAUUUCUGAAUGCUACUGUUGGAAUUUAAAAUAUGACUAGUGCUGGGACCCCAUGAAAGAAGUGAUGCUUGCUCUUCAGUUUAAGGGACCAGAGAAAAUCCACUCACCUGGCUUUGCAGAGGAGUUUACUGUUCACCCCAACAGAAAACUUUCCCCAGUUCAAUUAUUCUGAGCUAUCCAGGAGGGUUUAAUUCUGCGUUUAAAAAAAAUAAGUUUCUACCUAAGUAAAGAGCACUUUAUACACAGACUAAACUAAAACUUGUUAGAUCAUUCAUCAUGUUGCUGCUAUAACUAAUAAGCAUUUUAGUGACUACUGUAUCAUCUUACAAAGCUUUAUACAGGGGUAUGUUAUGUCAACAGUUCCCAAAAGAAUACUUAAAGCUUUAAUACAAGCCAUAAGGCCUUGUUGGAAAGUAUUGUGAAGUCGGGAUGUAACUUUCUCAAGACUUUUUGUUUAAAAAGAAAUAAAUGUUAAAAAUAAAAUUGCCUGUUUUAUUACACUCUCCUUUUAUAGCCAAGAAAACAAUUUAUCCUCCAUAGUAAUUGACUACUAGUAUGGAAAAAUUGAUGCUUAUUUUCUGGUUGCAGUUCAAAAUGUUAAUCCAUGUACAAAAAUGAAGUAAAGCAAUUGUAAAAUUUAGAUUUUUUCCACGUUUUGACAAAAAUGGCGUCUCUGCUUUUACAAUUAAUAAUGCUGCUUUCAGAAGGCAUGGUAUUACAAAAUUUCAUAGUCUAAGACUAUGAGUUUUGAGGCUUGUUAUGUAUCAGUGCUUUUUUUAAAAAAAAAACCCUAAUGAUUGUGAUUAAGUAAAAUUUAAAUGCAGCCUGCCUUUGUGCUUCUCAGAAAUGAUCUAUUGCAGUUUUAUCCCACCCUCCCUCUAAAAAGAGCUCAAGGGGGCCUAUAUUGUUCUCCCCUUUUCCAUUUAAUCCUCACAACAACCCUGUACAGGAGGCUGCUGAGUGUAAUUGGCCCAAGAUUACUUGGUCAGCUUACUGAGAGAGCCAAGGUAGAUGUUAUUUGUGACAUGAGUCGGAACCUGGGUGCCCAUCCCAACUCAGUGUUACACUGACGAACUGUGCUGGUUAUCUUAAAAUUGUUACUGUUGCUCUGUUGAGCUGUGAAGUGCUGUGAAGGUGGGGGGAGGUGUCCACCUUCUCUUCUGUACCUUUUUUGUGAAAAUGGUGUGGGAGAAAAGCCAGAAGCCACAACCCAAAAUAGCUAUUUUAAGGCAUGACAGCAUAUCAUGACAGGUACCAUGUUCUGAUUAAUGCUACAUGUAAUUUCUAGUCCGGACCAGAGAGUGGAAAUCUGAACCUGAGUUUCCGUAGUCCUCACUUCAAAUCACUGCAUCACAAUGUCUCUUACAAUGGUGUUAAUGCUUGCCAUCUUGUUUCUCUUCUUCCCUUAGUAUGAUAGUUCUAAUAAGUUAUUCCUUGUUUUACGGAGCCUGUCUGUGGAACCCUUGUAUUGUGCCAUUGAGAGAGAGAGAAUAGGUGCUAGAUCUCAAGUCAUGUUAUAUCACUUCUUUCUUAUGGUGUUUUGGAGGAUUUACUCCACUACGUGAUGAGCUGCUCUGUCAGAGAUAAGGUACAGAUAUUUAGAACACUUUGCUGCUGAUCAACAAAAAAUGCAAUUUAUACAAGCCAAACAAUAAGAUGUAUGUUAAAGAAUGUGUUGGGUGCUCUAGAUUGUGCUAAUGAUCAACCAGAAAUGUUAUACUGCAUAAAACUGUAUUAUGUUUGUCUUUUGAACAACAGAAUUCUAAAGUUUUCCCAACAAAAUAUUUCUUUAAACAGACCUGCCAUAGCAGAUCAUUAAUAAUUUGUUGUCAAAUACGCGUGUGUUUUCAGUUAGGAAUACCAGGCAUGUUUUUGAAAGGAAAAAAAACCUACAAUUAUUACCAUGUUUGUGAAUUUUCUUUCUCUGACAUUACCUUCGUUGUCUCAGCAUUUUCAAUAAUUGUUUCAAACUCAGUAAAGAUGCAUUUUUAAAUUUCA